AUGCAUCUCUCCACAUCGCUCUUGGCCCUGCUCCUCUCAUCAUUACAUUCAAGUUUCGCUGCAGCCGAUGCAAAGCCCCCACCGAAGCCAUGUACCAUCCUCUCUCCAUCCACUGGCUCGUUCUUUGACCUGCGGUCAUUGCAAUUGACUCCCGAGGGCACGAAAUACCAGGCUGCGAGCAAUGAAUCCUAUCAUGCCAAAGGUUACGAUUAUCCUGCAAAUUUCACCCUCAACUUCUGCGGACCCGUUGUCGAGUCGUUAGAGGACGUGGAAGGAGUUCCCACAAGCCGUCAGAAAAAUGUUUCGGCCUUUUACAAGGACCAGCGAGGAGACAUAUACAGCAUUGGCCAACAAAAUGACCAAUUACUUUUCCGCGGCAAGAAGCUGCUGUUGAACUAUACCAUGGGCUCGCCCUGUCCCGAACUCGACGAGGACGGGAAUCCCAUUGACGAUGACUUCGUCGUCAAGAAAACCAGCAAAAGGCGGAAGUCCACCCUCAUGACCUUCGCUUGCGAUACCUCUCCCCUCCUUUCAAAUCGGCCCAUUGUGAACUUCCUCGGUUCACCCGAUCACUGUACCUAUGUCUUUGAGAUCCGCUCCCGAUCCGCUUGCGGUGGAACAACUCAGUCGGAGGAGAAGGGAACGCUAGGUCCUGGCGCUGUUUUCGGUCUCAUCGCAGCCAUCGCUCUGCUAGUCUAUCUCAUCGGAGGUAUUGUCUACCAACGUAACGUCCUGCACCAGAGAGGAUGGAGACAACUGCCCAACUACACUAUGUGGGCGGGUAUACACAGCUUUUUCUCGGACAUGUUUGUCAUUCUAUUCUCCUCAUGCACACAACGUAUGCCGGGAGGUGUCACGCAACUCUUUGCUGGUCGAAGAGGGUACCACCGUGUCGGCACCGACGAGCGACACCCUGGACGUGGCCGCACUCCCGACGACGAGAAUCGCCUAAUUGAUCAGCUCGACGAGGAGUGGGAGGACUGA